AUGCAUCUGCACCUCUUGCGUCUGUCUUUCGAGUGUCGUCGUGACGAAGGCACGGAUAAGCAGCGUCACAUGCCGGUUAGCGAGGGUCAGUAUAAGACCGUUGAGGACACCAGGGUAGUCAGCGCGUAUGUCACGACAACACCCCUGGCCGCCUUUACAUCAUCUCCGGAUGGGCCCGGCCCGGGCUAUGGUCCUGGGUUUCGGGAAGUCACCGGAUACCACCGACAUGAGUGUACGUUGUGA